CAAAAAUCAACUAAUUGAUUCAGAUUAAAAUCCAGUUCUUUGUCCCCAUCGCGAUCGCCCUAAAUAAUUUUGUAAUAGACAAGAAAUGAUGAAGAACAUUAUCUAUCAAGAAAAUGUCCCCGCGCGGCCUUUCCACUUUGAAUAAUCCGUAAUUCGUCGUUCUAUAUGUGAUGCCAGUAUAAAAACUGGGAACAAAGAUGAGCAUGAUGUUGCGAUUCCAUCGUUGGCCCGAAACGUCGGCAUUUUUCUCACUUGUCGUCCUGGCGUUCUUGUCUCUGCUUCACCCUGCGUCAGGAUGUUACCCUGGUCAGGUCGUCGAAGCCAUUUGGCCAGGGCCAGGGGUCAGUGGGCAGGAGGACGUUGAGGUCUGGCUGCCAGUUACCGUCUGGGAUGAUCUUUACGACGAGGAUGGCACAGAACGCCUGCAAAUCAAGUGGCACUUCUCGAAUACUGUAUGCGAAACACCCGGACGCAAAAAUUUUUGCAAAAUCGAGUACACCAAGGUACUUCUGAAGAAUUAAUUGAAAUUAACUUUUGAACUAAGGUACUUCUCUAAGUACUCAAAUCGAAAAAAAUGCAAAUAAAGUUUUUGUUUAGUAGUAUCUAUGUGAUAGGCCUAGGCGUAGACCAUAGAUCUAGACGUCGCGUGAGUUGAAAAUAACGAAAGCGCCUACAAAAUGCAUGACUUCAAAAACAGAUCCGUCCACAGGGAACGUUGGACGGCUCCACAUGCUGGAGCGAGCUUCAGGUAUGGCGCACCGAAGAGGCUGCCAAGGCAGACCCGAUCAUCGAUCCAGUGAGUCUGGUGAAUCCACGCAAUGGUCCGCCUGAGGCUGUAGACGCGGGGGACAGCUCACCCGCCGCCGCUUGGAUCGGGCUAAUGAUUAUCGGUGUUGGAGGUUCGGCCCUUAUCAUCGGCUAUUUUCUGUGGCGAUGGGCCCGGGAUGUAGCCGCGGAUCAGUACGACGGGAGCAUUUUGGGCAUGCUGCGAGGGUUGGUGACCGCAGGUGAUUCGGAGUACUUUGCCCAGCCACACCGCCGAAGUCUGGACCAGAUCCAAGCCGAUUUGCGGAAGGAGCACGCGGAGCGGUAUGCCCCGCGCGAGAGCUUCGGGACUUGGCUUGGGAAUCGGCCAGCCAUCGUGCCAACGACCCACCCUUUGAGCGAAUUUGCGCAACGCUAUUUGCCAAGGGAGCAGCCGCCGAAAAGGAUUUUGUCGGAUGAAGCGCAGCGCAAGAUGCGCCGUGACGAGCACACGAAAGCGUACGACGAGCGCAUGCGUACAUUGGCGAAAACAUGCUUCGUCAAUUUAUGACAGAGACUUCAUCGGUCAGUGAGAAUUGUCUUUGACAUCGAAGAGGAGCCAUACUGAGAGAACAGGAGAAAAGUAACACUAAGGGAAAAGGUGAGAGCUUUGUGUAGGGUUUUCUCCCUUCAGAAUCAGUAACCAGUGGAUUUUGAGCUUUAAUUAAUACUGCGGUACGAGGAGCGCCGAAUUUUGCGUUUGGUGGUUUGCGCGCUACGCCUGCGACGAGCGCGGCAGAGCACGAGACGAAAGCGAGGCUGAAAGGCGUCGGUGUGUAUGCGCGUCCUGUCAUUAUGGCUCUUACUAUCUAAUUCACCUUUGACUUCUGCACCCGUGAAAAGUAUGGGGAGUGUCAUUAAUUUCCCUGUGAAUAAACUCUUCAUAUAGGAUGGAUGCAGUUUAAAUAUGAUGAAUUUCGGAGAGUUCUAAUGUCAUAGUGCGAGAAAGGGGAGUACACAUCCCACAAGCCGACUACUACAACACGCCAGAGGGCCGCCGAAUGAGGCAAAUAUCUGUGAAAAGGGCCUAUGAGUUACCACCUCCGACGAGAGGCUCGGUGGAGGUGGCUGGAGGCGGAGAUCGCGGAUUUGGAAGUCCAAAUUAUGCGUGGUCAUUCACACAACAUUCAUCUUUCUGGUUUCGAAUUUCCAUUUAUCCUUUAGCAUUUAUCGUAAAGCAAAUACUAAUAGUAUAAGUAGAUCGACUAGUAAUCCCACAUGGCGAUUGCUCUAAGGAUCGUCCAUGAGGCAAACGAGCGCAGUGGCGCCAUCCAUGGUUGGACGUCCUGGGGAACCAAGAGGGCCGCCAGCAAUCCCGGAGGCGGAUGAGGCCUGUUUCAGACCAGGACUGCAGACUCUGGUCGCAGGCAUCGGAGCGAAGAGGUACUCGCGUGCCACUCGAUACGGACAGAGGACGAACGUUGUGGCGCCAACAAUGGAGGCUUUCCUCACUUCAGGACCGCCUGGACCGGCCGGGAUGUGAAGACCUGAAGAUCAUCACAAUGCAUAGAAAUACUGGCAUCAUAGAUUGUUCUUGAAAAGUAAGUAGCUGUCCUAUAGAAACAUAUGUGUGUUGUUUUUCCGCACAGCCAGUCUUCGUUCUCCUCUCCUUCAGAGGAAUCAGCGGCAGAUUGAUUACCCUCAUCCCCUUUUCAGGCUUUGCAAUUCCACGGCCGUCCGAAAGGACACACUGUUGGAACUGUAUCAUCCCGCCGGUAGGCUAGGAGCACUACUACGGAUGCGAUUGAAUGAAAGAAACAGAGAGUAGCUGUCCUGUAGAAACAUAACGAAAUCAGUCAUAAUCAUCAUAGACUUAUGUACCUCGUCCCGCCUGAUUCCCAUCUAGUAAUCUUUUUGCCCAUCAUGGUCGCUGCCACUCACAACGAGGACCUCGUAUUCAAAAAAUGUACAGAAACAUAUUUUCUGGUUCUCGUGACACAAGUCUGUACACGAAAGUGUUGGACAGUCUUCCUGAGGAUAUUACUUUUGGGCUUUUCAUAUUCAUGUCAUCGGCAUUCUCAUCCUGUAUAGACUUUUGCUGAGUAGAAAAUUCGUAUAGACGAUAUGAUAUCCUGAGAACAAUUGGAGCUGUCUAGAGACAAAAUCUCCAAGGUGGUGCUUAAUAUCUAUGGAAGAACGACGCGAGAGUGAUUUAUUGUUUGUUAUAGCUAACAAGAAGUAAAAGUAUG